AUGGGCAAGUUCGUGAAACCUGGGAAAGUGGCACUGGUCCUGGCUGGACGCUACUCCGGAUGCAAAGUUAUCAUCAUGAAGAACAUCGGUGAUGGCACCUCAGGCAGCCCUCAUAGCCAUGCCCUGGUGGCUGGAAUUGACCGCAAUCCCCGAAAACUGACAGCUGCCAUGGGCAAGAAGAAAAUCACUAAGAGGUCAAAGAUCAAGUCCUUUGUGAAAGUUAGUAACUACAAUCACCUCAUGCCCACCAGGCACUCUGUGGAUAUUCCCUUGGACAAGACUGUCGUCAACAAGGAUGUCUUUAGAGACCCAGCCCUGAAACUCAAGGCCAGGUGGGAGGCCAAGGUUAAGUUUGAGGAACGAUACAAGACAGGGAAGAACAAAUGGUUUUUCCAGAAGCUUCCCUUUUAG